UAAUUUCAGCAGGCGUUUUCCUUUCGUUUGCGUUUGACGUGACAUCUAGCUGCUUUUAAUUCCGCAGGCUACAGAAACUGCAAAGCCGCUGCCGGGACGACAAACCCAGCCAGACCCGUUCAGCGACUUCGGAAUUUGAUCCAUUAUGAAUUUCUUCCUGGAAACAAUCCGGGUCAUCCUGCUGUCUGUCUGGUACAGUGUGGAAUGGCUGAUCCACCUCUUUGUGCCCAUGAAGAAGAAGAACAUAGCUGGUGAAGUGGUACUGAUCACAGGGGCAGGUAGCGGGAUUGGUCGCCUCAUGGCUCAGGAGUUUGCAGCUCUUGGAACUGUGCUGGUAUUGUGGGAUAUUAACCAGGAGGGGAUGAAGGAAACUGCUAAACUGGUGAGACAGAAUGGAGCCAGCAGAGUCCACUAUUAUCUCUGUGACUGCAGUGUCAAAAAUGAGGUUUACAGAGUGGCUGACCAGGUGAAACGAGAGGUGGGUGACGUCAGCAUUCUGGUGAAUAACGCUGGGAUUGUGACAGGAAAGAAGUUCAUGGAUGCUCCUGAUUCCCUGAUUGAGAAGACAAUGGAGGUCAACACUAUGGCUCACUUCUGGACCUAUAAGGCCUUCCUUCCUGCCAUGAUUGCUAACAAUCACGGCCAUCUUGUCAGCAUUGCCAGUACGGCUGGACUCAUUGGAGUCAGUGGAUUGGCAGACUAUUGUGCCAGCAAGUUUGCAGCAGUCGGCUUUGCAGAGUCAGUGGGUCUGGAGCUGUUGGCAACUGGGAAAGAUGGUGUGAAGACUACCAUUGUGUGCCCGUACUUCAUCAGCACUGGAAUGUUUGAUGGAUGUCAAACUAAGUGGCCAAGACUGAUGCCAAUCUUGAAUCCAGAGUAUGUAGCCAAGAAGAUCAUCCAUGCUGUACUAACAGACCAGGUUCACCUGCUGCUGCCUAGGAGCAUGUACCUCAUGGCUGCUUUAAAGAACAUCCUCCCUACGAAACAGGGCGUUCUGAUGGGCCACUAUGUGGGAGCCUUCAACUUCAUGGACACGUUCAAGGGACGCACCAAAAAACAGGAGUGAGAGAGGAGAGUAAGAAGUGAAGGAUGACUGAAAUUUUUAUCUCUUUUAACCAACUGUAGCCCUAAUAUUCCUAGUGUUCUGGACCAAUAGUACAGAGAAGUGCAGAGAAGAGUAGUUGCAAAGGUUGUAUGGAAUGCAAACUGAAUGCAUAUAAUUAAUGGCUAUUUAUGUCUCUAUAUCUUGCGCUGUAUAAAACAUGGUUUAAAUAUUAAUAUCCUUAAUGCAUCCUUAAUUAGCUUUAGUGAAAUUAAAAGUGAUCAUUUCAAUGUGAUUUAAAUGUUCUCACAGAUUAGCAGGUCAUAGAAGGACCCCUCCUGAUGGAUUAUGGAUGUUUUAAAGUUUCAUGCAAGCCUUUAAAAGGCCCUCUUAAAUUCAGCCAGCCAUUGUUCUUGACCACUACUAGAUGUUGAGGACCAUUUCCAGCGAUGUGAUGAUGUAUCAUAGCCAAAACAAUCUCCCAAUGUUUAGGAGGGGACAUGUUACAAAGUGGAAAACUAACUGUUCUUCUGCUUCAAAGACUGGGAUAGGUCACAUCGCAUAGGUGUCAUGAGUAAGCAAGUUUCUUUUGUGCAUGACUGCAGUAAAAUAAUACAGUCAACUAAUGCUGACAACUGUAGACCAGGCUCAUUAUUUUUAGUUUAAUUAAAAAUAUGAGACAAAUACAUGCAUUAAUAAGAAGCAACCUUCAUAUGAGUAGAAACACCUGCCUUUGCUACAACACAACCCUGUUUACUCUUAAAAAAAGUUAUUUUUAGAACAACAAUUUGAAAAUGGCACUUAUACUGCUAUUAAGAGUUCAGACAUUCCCUUAUACUGUCAUAUUAACACUGUUGUGAAUGCUAACAUCAUUAUCAUUUACUGUAUCUGAGGUUUUUGGGCCCACCUUUGUUUGAGUUGUGUUGCUAAUCUGGCUCAGUGUUUUAUGGUCUUAAUCAUUUCAUAUUAAAUGUCCAUCACCAUGGUCAAGAGCUCAUUCUCAGGAACUGUGAACCCCAGUGAAAGGGUUUCUUAGAUACUGUAUCUGAUAUCUCAUCUUGUAAAGUUUGGCCAGUCUACACCAUUCAACAUUUCAGCUGACCUCCAACUGAACACGAAGGGAAUCUUCACCUUGUGUUCAUAAAAAGCAAAUAUGCACUACUGCUAGCUAGGAUUUUCACAGUAAUUAGCUAGCACUGUACUAGCUAGCAGCGUAUCGACAUGCUACAGCUCACCAAUGUGUGAGUGGAGACCCCUGCACUUCUCUUUUUCCUUCUGUAUAGUUAUGAAUUUAAGUUGGAAAACCUGGAGAUAAGCACUCAUCAUUUCAUACAAAAGCAUAUUCACCCUCAGCUUGCUCACAUUUGUAUAUCCUCGUGUUUUGCAUUGAAUGCUGGCAUGAAAUGAUGCCAGAAUUCUCAUUGCAUAAAUUCGAACAUACAGCAUCUGAACACAGUUUGUCUCUGUGCCUCAAACUGAGAGAUGUGGCAAAUGUCAGACAGAAAUAGUAGAAAGCUCAUUACCCAGUGCUAAUCUGAAAAUCUUCUAAUCUCUUUAAUCUGUGGUUGACCUCCACCACUCACAGCUGUGCUUUAACAUUAUAAUAAUGUGUAUCUGACUGCAGUUUACAUGUCACUUUGUUAGGAAAGCUGUAGAGAGUGUCUGUAUCUUUGUACAUUUCUGAGGACCUUCAGCAGGCAGAUGAAAAAUGCUCACUUCCUGUGGAUGAAAAUAUUUUCAAAAUUCAGUUUUCUUUUUUAAAUAGUAGCCAUUUAUGGCACUUAUAUCUUCAUUUUCACAUGGAUUGUAAUUAUCAGAUGCAGCCUUCACAAACGAGGAUAUUAUAAUGUUUCUGGGUACAUAUCAGAUUCUUUUAAUUUAAGAACAUGUCAUUAAUAUGCUAUAUGUAGUUUAUACCUGCCAUUACAUGAGUGUAUGCUAUUUGUACAAGUUGCUGAUACAUCUAUACCAAAUGGACUGUGGUUGACUAUACACCUGUUGCCUUAAGCAUGCAAAGGACAUGAGGAACAUAACAGAAAUGGACAAAAAUAUGUCAGACAUGUCAAGAUUGUUCUAAGUGUCUUUAAAUGUCCAUUACCUGGAAGUUUGAUUUUGAAUAUUCUGAUUAUUAAAU